CCUCGCCCUUGUCAUUCAGGGGGCGUGUGCAUGUGUGUGUACGGGGGAGGGCAUAUCUGUUGCUCCUAUUCCGAAACACAAGAGCGAGGGUGUUUCUGAAGAAAAUCGACGGUUUGUAUGAUGGGGAAUGCGGGGGAUGGUUAUUUCGACAGGAGAAAAAAAAGUCCAGAAGUGAGCGCGUUUCCUUCAAGUACCGACCAAUGCGUACGUAGGUAGGCAACUCCGAAUUUGACCCGGCCCACUUUGGAUGAAAUCUGAGGUUAAGCCUCUUGUGUCCAAGAAAGAAUAACUUCGGGUUGGACGGUGUUGCUGGCUUUUUGGUGUUGUUCAAGAAGGCAAGAGAAUCCCGAUACCCUCCAUGUACCGACCAAUCUUUCUUAACAUGUCAGUAUAAAUAUGAACCAAGCAAUCAGGAAUGGCAUCAGUAUUAUCCGAUCUGACGAACAGUCAACUAUUUCACCCGUCCCUCAGUUUCUCCUCUACUCACCCAACAACAUGAAGGUCAUCUUUGCCGUCCUUGCCUUGACUGUUGCCGCUUUGGCUGACAACCCUCCCCCAUCCUACCAACAACCCUCCACCUACCAAGAGCCCAGCUACGGGCCUGCUCAAUACAAUUUCGACUGGAACGUGAAGGACGAUUACUCGGGGAACAAUUACGGUCAGCAAGAGGAACGUAAUGGCGACAAGACCUCCGGAUCCUACUAUGUUAACCUUCCCGAUGGUCGUCUCCAGAAGGUCACCUACACCGUCGACGGUUAUGGUGGAUAUCAAGCUGAGGUUACCUAUGAGGGUGAGGCCACUUACGCCGAGACCAAACCCUACCAGCCAGCUGCUCCUGCUCCCGCCCCUGGUUAUCAAUCCUAUUAGAGACGAAUUGGCUCCCACGAGUUCAAACAUGCGCCGGACGCAUCCGACCACUGUGAAGUGGACCAAUCAUGGUAAGCCUUCCAGGCUGAUCCAAUCCAUCUUUCUAUAUGUAGCUCUGAUUUAACCACUAUGAAUAAAGCUAUUAUUUAUUUACCA